GCUCUUGAAGUCAGGCGCCUGCCCGCCCUCCGCUGCGAGACACGGCGCGUCCGGAGCGAGCCGCCGAGCUCGGGCUCCAGGGGCCCCCGGCCGCUCUGUGCCCAGCCCGCCUGGGGUCCCCGGCCUCUGGCUGCUGCAGGCUGUGGGGCCAGCGGCCGAGACCCGAGCACUGCCCCGUGGCGGAGCACGCGCUGCUUCCCCGCCUGCAGAGCUGGGGGGCAUCGCCUGGUGGGCAGGGCACCCCCGGAGGCGACACGCCAGCGCCCAAGAGCAGGGUUUGGGGUGCUGCGGGACCCCAGUGCCCAUGGGCGGGGGGUGCUGUGCACUGGUGCUUGGAACGCUGAGAUCUGCACCUGGUCACCUGAGUCCAGGCGCUGGGGCUUUAAGAGGGACACCACGUGUCACAUGACCGCAGUGAUGCCCCGUGCUGGCAGAGGUGGGAAUGCUGGAGCUGAUGUUGCUGCAGGAAGGCUGGCGUUGUACGUGUACGAGUACCUGCUGCACGUGGGAGCCCAGAAAUCUGCACAGACCUUCCUCUCGGAGAUCCGAUGGGAGAAGAACAUCACACUAGGGGAGCCCCCGGGUUUCCUGCACUCCUGGUGGUGUGUGUUCUGGGACCUGUACUGCGCGGCGCCGGACCGCCGGGAGACGUGUGAGCACUCCAGCGAAGCCAAGGCCUUUCACGACUAUAGUGCCGCGGCUGCCCCCAGCCCCGUGAUGGGGAACAUGCCCCCGAACGACGGCAUGCCAGGAGGACCCAUGCCACCCGGUUUCUUUCAGGGACCUCCGGGCUCUCAGCCAUCACCGCACGCACAGCCUCCGCCCCACAACCCUGCCGCCCCCAUGCUGGGGCCCCACAGCCAGCCUUUCAUGUCCCCUCGCUACCCUGGCGGCCCCCGGCCUUCGCUCCGCAUGCCAAACCAGCCGCCUGUGGGGGUCCCGGGUUCCCAGCCGCUGCUGCCCAACACCAUGGACCCCAGCACGAGAUCGCAGGGGCAUCCGAAUAUGGGGGGCCCGAUGCAGCGGAUGAACCCCCCGCGAGGCAUGGCGGGGAUGGCUCCUCAGAACUAUGGCAGCGGGAUGCGGCCCCCACCCAACUCGCUGGGCGGCCCCGGCAUGCCCACCAUGAACAUGGGCCCAGGAGGGCGAGCGCCGUGGCCAAACCCCAACACCAACUCUAUCGCGUACUCCUCCUCGUCACCCGGGAGCUACGUGGGCCCUCCAGGAGGCGGCGGCCCCCCCGGAACCCCCAUCAUGCCCAGCCCAGGAGACUCCACCAACUCCAGCGAGACCAUGUACACCAUGAUGAACCCUAUCGGGCCCGCUGGGAACCGGCCGAACUUCCCCAUGGGGCCUGGCCCCGAUGGGCCCAUGGGAGGCAUGAACGCCAUGGAGCCCCAUCACAUGAACGGAUCCUUAGGCUCUGGCGACAUGGACGGGCUGCCAAAGAGCUCGCCGAGUAACAUGGCGGGGCUGAGCAACCCGCCCGGGACUCCGCGGGACGACGGCGAGAUGGGCGGCACCUUCUUAAACCCCUUCCAAAGCGAAAGUUACUCGCCCAGCAUGACAAUGAGCGUGUGAUCGGCUCGGACGUCCCGGCGCAGAGAGCCAGACGCCCCCGCGGUUCUAAACUCUAUUUAAAACACCCGCAGGCACUGGCCGCCUGCCCUCCUGCCAGCACCCCCCCGUUUCCCCCUCCACCUGGGGCACAGUCCCCCCCUGCACUCUAUUGGCACACAGCACCCCCUCCCCCCACGCCCUGGCCCUGCCCUCCCCCUGCGCCAGGCAGAGGAGCAAGCCGCCAGACCUGGGCCCCGCUGGACUGGUGCUGUGGGGUACACGGUGGGGGGGCUGCUUGUGCCAGGCAAGAGGCGGGGGUGCUAUGGUGGGAGGGUGGAACCUGCUGACUGUACUGCGUUGGGGGGGGGGGGGGCAGAGCUGUGGCUGCGUCAGGCAGCACCUUUUGGGGGCUGGGAGCCAGAGCACGGCGGGGGGGGAGCGGGGGGGGUGUGUCCAGCCACAGACAGCUCCUUCCCUGCCAGGCAGCAGCAGUGGGGCAGAGUGAGGCUGGGGAUGAGCCCCCCUUCUCUGGGGUUACAGGCUACGGCUGGCAGCCCUGCCCCCAGCUCUGCCCAGCCCCACACAGCAGGGUGGGGGAGGGGGGUAUUUAUUUAAGGGUUUGUUUUGCUGUACAGGGUUUAACUUAUCAUGGGCUUCCCCUCCCCCUCCCCCAGCUUCCAGGGAUCCCCCCCCCUCCAGGGGCCCCGGCUGCACCAGAGCCUGCCGUGGAGCCAUAGGACAGACCCUGCAGCCCCCCGCCCCAGUGUAGUUAUGCCAAUUCCAUCAGCUGCUCCUCCACAAAUACCCUCGGUCAGGGGUGCCCCCCCCUUUCUGCCCAUGCUGCCCUGCAAGCCACUGCUCCUCAGGCCCCAGCCCCUGCCCCUGGGGGCACUGGGGAGGCCGGGCAGAGCCCUCCCCCCCCCCCCCGGCUGCCAGCUAAGCAGAGCUGCCUCAGCCCCCUCCUGCUGCCCAGGAGCCCCCCCCUUCCUGUGAGCACCCCCAUGGCGGGGGGAAUUGCGCCCCCCAGGUGAUUGCGCUCUGCUGCCCCCAGUGCUCUGCCCCCCAACCCUUCCACAGCCGGAAACACCCCAUGGAGUCUCUAGGGAAUAGGGGACCCCCCCACCCCACUCUGUUUGCUCAGCCACUGUGAUUCCCCCCAGCCAGUCCCCCAUGGACAGACUGGGCUCGGCCCCUGCCCUGCAGCAAAGGGGGGCAAGUGUACAUAGGCCCCCCCAGCAGCCCCCUUUGCCCCAGGCGCCUGCCCCUGCCCGCCAUGGGGACCACUUUUAACUUUCAUAUGAAGGAUUCUCUCUCCCCCCCCCUUUUAUAAACAUGAAGGACCUCAGCAGCAGCGCGGCCACGCUCCCUCCAGCUCUCAGCCCAAAGCCACCCCCGCCCGGGCAAGGGGGACGGAGCUGGGUUUUCUAUUGCUGUUCGGGGUGAGCCUCCGCCUGCCCCACGCGUGUGCUGUGCCCGCCGCCGGCUGGGAGGGGACGCAGCCCGCUGGUGUGUUGCUGCCGGGGGCAGCGCCUCCCCUGCUAGGUUAGUGCGUCUGUGUAGGGAUUUCGUCUGUUCUUUCUACUCUGAAGGCUUUAGACUGAAAGUUGCUUAUCAAAAAAAGAAAAA